AUUCAGGUGGCACGCAAUCAGAAUUCUCUGAAUUGACAUGGGGAAUAAGCCUGCCAAGCAGGAGCGCGAGGAGAUCCUGGUUAAGGUCAUGCCUCCAUUGGACCGAGCCUAUGGUAGAUGGCUUGCUCGUGAUGUUCAAAGGCUUCAUGGUUUCACCCCAAAGAACCCUCCUGCUAUAAAGCCCCCUGACCAUUAUAUUGAAUACAUGCAGCUUUAUGGCUGGCUGGAUCUGGACAUGGAUGACCCAGAUCUGGCUCACUUGGUUAAGUAGGAUGUCAUUUCCUUUUUGUUUCGAGUGAUUAUAAUAUAAUGGAGGUGUCUAGGCCUGGUAGAUCUAUUGGUUUUGUCAUAUAUGACAAUUUACAGCCUUUAAAAUCUGAAUGAAUUUUGUGGAAGAAGAUAGUGCUAUCACUCCCAAUACAGUAUAAAAUGGUGAAAUUAGAUAUGCAUUAUAGUUCCUGUUUGUACCA